AUGGAAUUUUCUGGGUUAGCCAUGGACAAUUUCCCGGCCAUAGCGGCGAAUGACUCCAAGACCCUUCGAAAGCUCAGCCUGCUGGAAGCCCGCAUGGUCGGGGCUGGGAAUGAGUCUCGGGAUGCGUCGCUACCGCCGAACGAAGGGAGUCGAGGCAGCGAAAAUAACAGCAACUCCAUGUCCACGAUUGGGUUUGCCAAACCUCGCGCCAGUGCGAUUUCGCCUGGUGGGGGUGGGGGAGGGGGGGGCAGCAAGCCCCCAACGGACCCCAUCAAGGAUGGAAGUGGUGGAAAACGGAAGGCUGCCGCCGAAGCUGAUGGCUUCAGCCCACCUCGUCCUCCGUCUCACUCGCAAAAUGCCGGGACUCCAAGCACGUUGAGCACAAGCCCCGGAGAAGGUGGAGAUUGGAACAGCGCUCGUCAGGCUUCCCAGGGGGCGGGAGACGAUGGGCCUGGAUUGAAGCGCGCACGCACUGGUGGUACCCUUCAACCUCCUCCGCCUCCUCCACCGCCUCGCUUCUCUCUGCCUCAAGGCGAAGGCAAUCAUCAGCCAGCCCGUGCACCGGCAACAGGGACAGGGACAGGGGCAGUGCCCGGCGGCGCGAAGGGAGGGCAGUUCCAUGCGAGGCGAGGCUCCCGUGGUGCAGAGGGCACUAGUUUUCCUUCAAACAACCAGGCUCCUGGGAAAUCAGGGGGCCGCGCCUCGUCAGAUCGAACCAACCACCGGUCGGAUCAUCCAGACGGGUCGAAACAACACCAGACCGUGGCAGGUGCGGAUUUUUCUCCACCCAGUGCUGAAAGGAGUGGCAAAGGCAGUGGACAGGCGCCGCCCGUUGCGGCAUCGAAGACAAUUCAGUCGUACUUCUUCAAGCCUUCCAAUGGCACUGCUGUGCAGAACCUCGCCGCCAGCUACGGAGCGGGCGAAGUUGCCGCCGGGCAAAUGCGUGCCGCGUCAGGGCUUCCUCAAGAGGUGGAUCUGAGUGGUGCCGACGGGGACAGCUACCGUGGUGAACCAACUUUUGCACAGCCGAUCGCACGAAUCGGCAGGAGUGGCUCAACGGGAACUGUCCGGGGGGGGGAUGGGAGGGCACCGCACCAUCGAUUGUCGCACACCGCGCCAUCGGCGGGGGAUCAAGGUGUGGAUCAAGCUCAACAAGUCAAUGCCCAGAGCCGAGGACAAGCUGUAGACCCAGCAGGAGGAGGGAUGGAGAGGGCUGCUGGCGCGAACACCGGAAUGGCUGGCAGUGAGCAAGAAAGCCUAGAGAAGUUGCACGACAGGCUGAGGGAAGCCAAAUCGGUCGAGAGAGAGCUGCGAAACGAACUUGCAAGGGCAAAUCUCGAGCGCGGAAGCAUGGAAACAAUGGCCGACUCUCUCCGAAGUCAGCUGGAAAGAACGAUGGACGAGUUCAAGGCGAAGGAGACGGAUGAAGAGGCGCAGAAGAAGCAGCUCACGUCUGUAGUAGAAGGGCUUCUGCGAAAGGUCGCCGCGCAAGAGGCGAGCGACUCCAGAGCAACACUGACGAGGGACAUGCUGGACCUUGGCAAGAUCGUCAGUGUCAAAACCGGGCAUAUCGGCAAGUAUGUCGAGGCUUUUGAAGAGGGAACAUCGUUCAAGGAAGUGGAGAAGAAGACGGCGGCUAUGAUGUCCAGGAAGACCAAGCUCGAGGCAAGGAAAAGGGCUGUCUCAAAGCUGUUAAGAUCGACUGCGCCUGCGGCGGGAGAUGGGUCUUUCAGCGGGCAGGCAAGGCUAGAGGCCAUCGAAGAAGAGGAGACCGUACGAAUGCACCUCACGGCACUGAAGCGCGAAGAAGUGGCGCUGCAGGAGGAGAAGCGUGCUUUGGACGCGCGUAAAGUGCUGCACAUCCGCGAACUGAAGCGGGUGGCGCACGAAGACCGGUCCAAGUUUGCCAAGCGACCUACCCUCAACGGAAGGUAUGUUCUGUUGAAUCUGCUCGGCAAGGGUGGCUUCAGCGAGGUGUGGCGCGCGUUCGAUCUGGUCCACGCCGAGGACGUGGCUGUGAAGGUGCACCAGCUUCUCAACAAUUGGAACGAACCGCAGAAGGCAAACUUCAUUCGACACGUCACUCGCGAGUACGAGAUCCACCAGCAAAUGCGUCACCCGCGCAUCGUGAACCUCACGGACGUGUUCGAGAUUUGUUGCGAUUCGUUUGCGACGGUGCUGGACUACUGCCGAGGGACUGACUUGGAGUGCCUGCUCCGCGAGAGAAAACAGCUGCCGGAACGAGAUGCGCGGGCCUUAGUUCUCCAAGUAGCGAGAGGGCUGCAGUACCUGAACACCGCUCAGGGCGAAGGGGAGAGUAGGAGAGGUGCAAUCAUCCACUACGACCUCAAGCCUGGCAACAUCUUGCUCGAUGAAAACGGGGACGUCAAGAUCACAGACUUCGGCUUGUCCAAGAUCCUUGAAAUCAAGAAGGACACAGAAAGAGGUACGGGCGGGGGAACAUCGAUGGAGCUUACUUCCAAGGGAGCCGGAACAUACUGGUAUCUUCCUCCGGAGUGCUUUGGCGACAACCCUCGAAUUAGCUCCAAGGUGGAUGUGUGGUCCCUCGGGGUGAUCUUCUACCAGAUUUUGUACGGGGUUCGACCCUUCGGAGAGGGACUUUCUCAGGAGAAAAUUCUCCGGGAGAAAGUGAUCGUGAACGCAAACAGGGUGGAUUUCCCGCCAAAGCCCGUGGUGUCGGAGGAGGCCAAGUCGUUCAUCCGGUCGUGUCUCACCUAUACACACGCAACUCGCCCAGAUGUGCAUGCGAUGUGUAACCUGCCGUACCUUACUACUCCGGCGGCGAGACGUGGAGGUUGA